AUGCCCCAGAGGGCUCGGGUAAAAAUAGCUGAAUAUUUAGCUUCGAUAUUCGGGACUGAGAAGGACAAGGUUAAUUGCUCUUUUUACCUUAAGAUCGGGGCCUGCCGGCACGGGGACCGAUGCUCCCGGCUUCACAACAAGCCGACUUUCAGCCAGGAGGUGUUCACGGAACUGCAGGAGAAGUAUGGGGAGAUCGAAGAGAUGAAUGUGUACGACAACCUUAGGAACCACCUCGUGGGCAACAUCUAUGUCAAGGUGCUUGCUGUCCCCGGCUUAGGGCCCAGAGGUGGAGGGAUUUCAAUGCCUGAUGGUCGCCACUGAAGCCUCUCAGCUUGAA